GGGACAUGGCGGGGACCCGGACAGCGAGAGACACCGGGACCGACCGGAACCCAUGGGGUGGAGGGCACACCGGCACCGACCCCCGAGGGGACACCGGGCCCUUGCGCUCCCCAGAGCCCGGAGGGGGCCGGCAGGAGCCGGGACGGACCCCCCGGUAGGGCCUCGGGGGUCCGGCCGGGCCCUCCCCGCCCAGCUCUGGGGCGGUGUCCCUGAGGGGCGAGGCUGGGGGUGCUGGGGGUGCCGAGCUCCCCGUGUCCCCCCCGAAGCCCUUCCCGCGGGGGUGGAGCUGUGAGGCAGGAAGGGCCCUGCGAGCAGCUGUGCUUGGGUUUAAGGGGGUUGGGGUUUUGGGGUUUCGGUCCCCCACCCCCACAGCCCGCGGCCCCGCUAUAAAAGAGGUCAGCACGCAGGCAGUCACCAGGGCCAGGCAGUGUCACCUGCUGUCACCGGCUCACCAUGGCUCCCACCCUCCUGCUGCUCUUGCUGCUGCUGGGAGCAGCUCAGGCCACGGCCCCCCCACCCUGCCAGGGUGACCCCAGCUCCUGGUGCUGGGACACGGCCACGGCCACGCGCUGUGGCUGGGAGCAGCUGUGCCAGCACCUCCGGGACAGCCUGGCCCUGGGGGAUGUGGCUGACAGGAAUGACGUGGCCGAUGGGGACAGCGUGGCUGACGGGGACAGCGUGGCACAGGGCAGGAGGAUCAAGUGCCGCGUGUGCACCAAGGUCCUGAAGAAGAUCCAGGCGCUGGCAGGUGACGACCCCGACGAGUCGGCGGUGCAGGCAGCUCUGCAGAAGGGCUGCCGGGCGCUGGGCCGGGCCGUGGGCAAGCGGUGCCAGCAGCUGGUGAGCAAGUACCGGGAGCAGAUCAGCGAGGGGCUGCAGAACGGGGACCUGCCCCAGGACAUCUGCGCUGCCAUCGGCCUCUGCCGCUCCUGAGCAUGGCACAGCCCCGAGUGCCCCCAAACCCGACGCCCCCCCAGCCCCGAUGGCCCCACAGCCCAGCCAUCCCCCUCCCCACAAUAAACUCCCUCCUCUGGCUCCA